CCUCGCCGGAAGUUGUGGUGUUUACAUUUUCCAAGAUGGCGGCGGGAAUGUAUUUGGAACACUAUUUGGACAGCAUAGAGAACCUGCCAUUUGAACUGCAGAGGAACUUCAAUUUGAUGAGGGACUUGGACCAACGUACGGAGGAUCUAAAGGGGCAGAUAGACUCCCUGGCAAAGGAUUACACAUCCAACGCCAGGACCCUCUCGUCUGAACAGAAGCUUACUAUUCUGAGGCAGAUCCAGCAGUCGUACAGCAAAAGCAAGGAGUUUGGGGAUGACAAAGUGCAACUGGCCAUGCAGACUUAUGAGAUGGUGGACAAGCACAUCCGGAGACUGGACACAGACCUGGCCCGCUUUGAGGCCGACCUGAAGGAGAAGCAGAUAGAGAGCACAGACUAUGAUUCCACCUCCAGUAAGGGAAAGAAAUGUGAGUCCAGGGGGCUGAAAGAGAAGAAGGUGGCUAAAACCCGGUCUAAAGUGAAGAGCUCAGAUGAAGAUGGCAGUCCGAAGAGUGCACAGAAGAAAGUCAAACUUCUCCAGCCGGGGGAGUUCACUGCUCCAGUUGCUAAUUUUGGGAAUGUGCAUCCCUCUGACGUUCUGGACAUGCCAGUGGACCCCAAUGAGCCCACCUACUGCCUGUGUCACCAGGUGUCCUAUGGAGAGAUGAUUGGCUGUGACAACACAGACUGUUCCAUCGAGUGGUUCCACUUUGCCUGCGUGGGCCUGACGACUAAACCAAGAGGGAAAUGGUAUUGUCCACGCUGCUCUCAAGACAGAAAGAGAAAGUAAGCCCCUAAGGUAGAGGGGCCAACCGAUUGUCGAGUCAGGAUACUACGUUAGUAAUGAAGAGAAAGUAACAUGACAGUUUCUGUCCCCAGGAUAGUAUUACAUUGUUUAUCGGUCUUCUAGCAUUGAACAAUUGGUGCUUUCUUUUUUUGUUUACUUGAUUGUUCUGUCUUGGUUUAAUGCAGUGUGAAGGAGAUAUGUGGUUAUAGAUGUAUUUAAAAAUGUUUCAAAGGUUAUGAGAGUUGAUAGGUACGAGAGUUGCUUUGUUUUUACAUUUUUAUGUUUCUAUUUUUUUGUAACGGAACAAUAAACACUAAAAUGUGACAGUUAGUGUCCAUAAUAUUGCAGUGUGUGUUUGACUACAUGUGAUUGACUGGAGUGAAGUGGAUUGACGUAUUGUAAUGGAUGCAGUGUUGGACCAUCGAGAACUGUUGUGCUUUCAAGUUUGUUACAUAAUUUUCAAUUAUAUUGUGUGCACUCUAAAACACGUAUUUUAGCCUGACAGAGUGAGUGGGGAAAUGUUAAUUUAAGACAUUAGCGCUUUUAUCUGUGUGGUAGUUAGUUGAUUGAACUACAUUUGACUUUUUACAUUUUGAAAAUGAUAGAUCUGGUUAAGAGCGAAUACAUUGCAUAAGGGAAAUAUCAAUGCUGUAGCUGACACCUAGGUACAUGUGAGGAAUUGUAUUUUCAGUUUGAAUACAGCUACUACCUCAAAUCA